AUGUGUGAUACAUCAUCUGAAGCACCCUGGGAAGACAUUCUCACUGGCACUGUUGACAGACAACCUGAUGGAUCAGUUGCAACCUCCAGCAGUGAGAAGGCUGAACUUCUGAUGAGAGUACAUGACCCUGACCGACCUUCUCCUAGUCUGCCUCUCGUGACUCACUCGAAGCUCAGCUCUUUCGUGAUCACUGAAGCAGAAGUCAGGCAGCAUCUUGUUCAUAAGGCCAAAGGACACGAUAAAGUCAGUCCUCACACACUUCACAGGUCACAGAGAUGGGCUCCAGACCUACUUCUGCACCUAACUACAAUAUGGCACCAAGUUCCUGAUACUCGCAAGGACACCUUCGUUGUUGCAUUCGAUAUAGCAGGAGCUUAUGACAAUGUGUGGCACAAAGGCCUUGCAUCGAAGUUGAAGAGUUUUGGAAUUGACGGCAAUCUACUGAUGCUACACGAGGACUCCCUCCAAGAAAGAACACUGAGAGUUGUCGUCAAUGGUCUCACAUCCGGUGAAUUCCUCAUUCAAGCCAGUGUACCACAAGGCAGUGUAAUCGGACCACUUCUGUGGAACGUUUACUUUAAUGAUAUCCUGAAGCUCAUCCCUGAAGCGUAUGCUUUUGCUGACGACUGCACUCUCACAUUCACCUGCGAUACCCAAAACCGCGCAGACGCAGCCGUCAGUACUAGCAAGGAUAUCAACAUUCUUGGCGAGCAGAUUGAUAAUCACCUAACCUUCACCAGUCACGUCAAAGAGUUAGCAAAGUACACAGCAAGAAAGUUGGCCUGCAUACGACGCAUCGCUCCUCUGCUAGACAGCAAAGGAUACGCAGUCCUUUACAACUCUCAAGUCCGCUCUUUGAUGGAGUAUUCGCCGCUCGCCUGGCUGUCCUGCCCGCCAACUCAUCUUGCCCUCCUGGACACCGUUCAGAACAGAGCCCAGCAGCUAGUGGAACGGAAGACGCCCGUAAAUGAGCCGCCAACACAUUUCCAGUCCCUUCAACACCGGAGAGAUGUGGCUGGCCUUUGCGUCUUCUACAAGAUACAUAAACAAAAUAGUUCCCCGCUGACAUCGCUACGACUUCCACCAGCAGACGCACCCACGUAUGGGACAAGAAAUGCCAGUAAUAGCUCCUUUCUGUCUAGAUAUUCUAGAAUGUGGAAUAUUUUGGCUCAGCAAACUAACCUGAUUUAUCUCGACACAUUACAACUGUUCAAGACAGCAGUGAAUGCUGAUUACAAUAUGAACGGGGCUAAGUAA